AUGUCUUCAACACCAACCUCAACGGAGGGGAAAAAUUCAUUAGGUAAUAGAGGCAAAGAGUUCCUUGUACUGUUCAUGGGGAAUUAUCCUUCUGUGUCUGGACCGGUAACCGUCUAUAUAACAACUGAAAAUAAUGCAAUGGUUAACAUUUCAAGUUCUCCAUUUUUGAAUGCAAACAUAAAGUCAAAGACAGAUAAGACAGUCUACUUUAACUCAAUGUCAAUAAUAUCUCUUCCUUUUACUCUAACAUGCGAGUACUUAACAGUUGAACCUAAAGCUGUUAUAGUACAGACUUCUGAGCCAUCCACUGUAACUAUUUUUGAUAGCUUUGGGGAAACUACUAACGAUGGGACGCUGAUUAUCCCAACUAAUAAACUCUCAACAAAAUAUCUCGUUUCUUCAACAAUGCCAGUGUUAAAUUCAGUUGAUUUUUAUAGCCAGUUCGCUAUAGGAGCUCUAUAUGACGAUACAAGUGUACAGAUUGAAUUGAAAAUUGGACAAAAUUCUUCAAUUCAUGUAUUUGGUGGAACAUACAAGGACGGGAUACUUUCUAGUAGUAUUAUCAAGACUGGAAACUUUACAGGUCAAUCAUACUACAGAUCUUACUGGAACUUUUAUUACAGCAACAAAACCACUAGCUGUAUUUUCAGGGAAACAAUGUCAAUUAUGGAAACCAAGCCGAUGUAG